GUCAUAAUCGUCACUUCCGGAAGUGGAUUUCACCGCAAAUUCCUCAAUUGUUUUUAACGUCCAGUCCAUUCGAAUAACUUUCAGGUGAAUAGUUAAUUAGCAACAAAGCAACCCGAAUUCUGCGUGUUUAUCCAUCAUGACAGACGGAGAAUUGAUUUCUGUGGAUUAUGAAGUGUUUGGAAAAGUGCAAGGGGUGUUUUUCCGGAAAUAUACACAGACCCAGGGCAAGAAGCUCGGCCUUGUAGGUUGGGUCCAGAACACAAGUGCGGGAACUGUGCAAGGGCAGAUCCAGGGCCCACGCAAAAAGGUGAUAGAAAUGAAACAUUGGCUCAAAUCCACUGGAAGUCCCAAAUCACAGAUUACCAAGGCAGAGUUCAAGAAUGAGAAAACAGUUGUCAGUCUUGAACACUCAUCUUUUGACAUUGUAAAAUGACAUGCGCAUUAUUAGUCUACAAACAGUUAUUUAUUUUGUCUGGCCUUUGUUGAAAUUCAUUAUCUAUCGUGUAUUGAAAAGGUGAAUAUUCCUUACAUCCACAGUAUCUGGAAAAGCUUUCAUCAAUAAAACAAAAAACGCA